AUGGCUGACACGGAUGAGAUCAACGAGCUCUUCGCUCCCCCAGGAGCCUCACUACCGAAAGAUGUCGUCGACGAGCUCCAUACAAUCAUGCGCCUGUACACGCUCUCGCGGCAGGAGCUCUUCUUCAAAUGGGAAUCCUACGUGAUCAAGAUGGGCAUGGAGAACACCAAGAUUGAAUGCAAGACUGUCAGAGACUUCAAGAAGGAUCUCCAAGAUGUAUUGGAGCGGGAAUCACGCUCGAAAGGCCUCUAUCAGGCUCAAAGCUCGAAGAAAGCCGCGCCGACACCCCGGAACACUGCUGGUGGUCGAGGGGAUGUGUUUGGGAUGCUGGACGGGAUGGCGUCUGCUACGCCUGGCGCGAAGAUGUCGAAGCGGAAGGCGAAUGAUUUCGCCACGCCUGCUGCGAAGGCGGUCAAGAAUGGGAUCAACAGUUCGCCGUCGGACUUCAAGACCCCUGCAGUUACGAAGGAAGGCCAGGGUGUAGCUUUCGAAGACCGACAGAAUGCUGGACAGAUUAUCGAAUCGCUCAAUGGAGACCUCCCGGCUGCCACGGCACCUGAGCAACUUCCCAGCGAGGCCCGUGUCAAGCUGAAGGCCAACACCGAGCUGCCCAAGUUCGCGUACAAGGGCAUGGCGAUGAAGCAGUCAGAGUCGUCGGAAGUUCUCGACGACCGGAUCGAUAGCUUUACGGAUCUGAUUCAAGCACACCAUCAGCUGCCAGACGGUGCAUUUGGGAACCCAGCUGCUCAGUCGACUGCAGAGAUCGUGGCCGUGGGUCGAAUCGCUUGCGAUAUUCCCAAUGGCAGACUCAACGCAGCUAGCAUAGUCCUCGAGACCAGCAGACGGCUGGGCGCCGGCAUGCGUGUGCCGCUGCGGUUCGACAAUGGUGUAGGCUACGACUUCUUUCCCGGCAAAAUCGCAGCUCUGCGUGGGACCAACGUGAGCGGAGAAUACUUCUCCGUUUCUGAGAUCCUCGAGAUGCCACCACUACCAGUCUCGGCAUCCACCCCGGAAGAAUUCGAAACCCACAACGCCCGCUUGACGAACACGGACGACGAAGCCCGCCCCAUCCACAUGCUCCUCGCCAGCGGGCCCUACACCACCGAAACCGACCUCUCCUUCGCCCCCCUCCACACCCUUCUCGAACGCGCCACCGACGAAAAGCCCGACGUCCUCAUCCUCACCGGCCCCUUCCUCGACCUCGAACACCCCCUCGUAGCCACCGGCGACUUCGAGUCAUCCCUCCCAUCGACGGCCAAAAUCGCCCCAGAUCGCGCAACUCUCAACGACGUCUUCCGCAUCCUCAUCUCCCAGCCUCUGCAAUCCCUCGUCCAAGCAGUGCCAACCAUCACAAUCAUCCUCGUCCCCUCCGUCCGCGACGCCAUCUCCAAGCACGUCUCAUGGCCUCAAGACCGCUUCGCCAAAGCGCCCCUCGGUCUGCCGAAGCAAGUCCAAGUCGUCACCAACCCCAUCACACUUUCCAUCAACGAGAUGGUCGUCGGCAUCAGCACGCAGGACGUCCUGUCCGAGCUGAGGCGGGAGAAUGUGCAUCAAGCGUCUAAGAGCACGGCGUUUAACGACGAUUUCCUGGCAAGGUUAGCGGGGAAUGUUAUCGAGCAGCGGCAUUUCUUCCCUGUGUUCCCGCCGCAGGCGAGGGAGAAUCUGCCGAAGCCGAGGAGGUUGGAGGGCGAGGAGCCGCCGGUGGGUGGGGAGGAGAGGUUUGCGGUGGGGGCUUGUUUGGAUUUGGGGUAUAUGAAGUUGGGAGAGUGGUUGAAUGUGCGGCCGGAUGUGUUGGUGUUGCCUAGUGUGUUGAAUCCAUUUGCGAAGGUUGUCAAUUCGGUUUUGUGCAUCAACCCUGGGACGCUGAGCAAGAAGCGAGGCGCCGGGACGUUCACGUCGAUGAGUGUUACGCCGAAGAGCUUGACAGAGGAGGAGACGGAAGCAGGAGAGGCGGUAGCUCAUUGCAUCUUUGAGCGCGCGAGGGUGGAUGUUGUUCGGAUAUGA